CCUGCGGAACCCGGCGCACCAUGUCUUCGCCUCCCCAAGGGAAGCUAGAGACUAAAGCUGGACACCCGCCGGCCGUGAAAGCUGGCGGAAUGCGGAUUGUGCAGAAACACCCGCACAGCGGUGACAACAAAGACGAUAAGGACAAGGACAACCAGGAGUGGGAAAGCCCCAGCCCACCUAAGCCGGCCGUGUUCAUCUCCGGUGUGAUGGCCCGGGGUGACAAGGACUUCCCCCCGGCAGCUGCACAGGUGGCCCACCAGAAGCCGCACGCCUCCAUGGACAAGCAUCUCUCUCCGAGGACCCAGCACAUCCAGCAGCCUCGCAAGUGAGUGGGCGCGGAGCCCAGGCCCCAGCAGCAGCACCGGGCAGCCCACCUUCGAUGUUUAUCCCACACAGCGAACUGGCAUAUCUUCCCCCACAUGCGGCUCUGUUGGGAAAUCUAAGACAAAGCAAAGCUCUCCUU